UUUUUGGUGAACUUUUUCAGACAUAAGGUAAUAAAAUAAUGAAGUGUAAUGUGAAUCUAGAACACGUAGCUUUGUGUUGUAACAAAAACCCUCAUUGUUUGGAUCAUGGACCUGAUGACGUCAUCGCUUUUGGGAGUUCAAAUUCCGUGGUUAUUUAUGAGCCGGUGAAGUAUAAAGAUGGGAUUCCAGUCACAGCCCACGUUGUUUCCACUUUAAACCACCAUAGAGGUCCUGUAGGGUGCGUCAAGUGGAUUCGAAGGUUUAGCGAUGAUGGGAUUUUAAAGACGCCAUUUUUGCUCUCGGGAUCAGUAGAUAAAACUAUCACGUGCUGGAAAAUUGGGAUCGAAAAUGGAAAGUUUGAUAAAAGUGAAGAAAUUCUUGCUGAGUUAAAAGGACAUAGUGGGACCAUCACUGCUAUGGAUGGGAUAGUCGUUGGGAAUAGAAAUCUUAUAUCUUCAGCUGGUGCUGAUUCUUGUGUUAAAAUAUGGUUUCAUAGCGAUAAUAUAACAAUGGUUGAUUGUGUUCAAACAAUUGACUUUAACAAUGGGUUUGUCCAUGGACUUUCAAUGCAUAUGAUACCAAACACUAAGGUUCCAAUGCUGGCACUUGCAUGCGAUGAUUUUAAGAUUCAUAUUUACAACUUAAAUGGGGAUAUAUUGGAGUUGGAAAAAGUGGAGUUUAAAUUAACCGUGUGUCUAAGUGGGCAUGAGGAUUGGGUCAGAGAUGUCGACUUUUUAUCAAGUUCUGGAGAUUUAAUUUUAUCAAGUUGUUCGCAGGACGGUUUUGUGCGUUUGUGGAAAAUUCAGAAGCAAAAAGAAAUUGAGAAAAAUGAUUUUUCUGAGUUAAAGAUGAAACAGCAGAAUUUUGAAGUUUGUGGAGUGAAGUAUUCAGUUUGUAUUGAAGCAGUUUUAUCGGGGCAUGAAAAUUGGGUUUAUAGUGUUCAGUGGGUUCAUGGGACACAACCUAUGCUGUUAUCAGCUUCCAUUGAUAAAACUGUGGUCGUAUGGGAGUAUGAUGUUGACUGUGGGAUGUGGAUUGAUAAAGUUCGGGUUGGGGAAGUAGGGGGAAAUACCCUGGGGUUUUAUGGAGCACAGUGUAAUGAUAAAGGCAACCAGAUAGUUGCCCAUAGCCACAGUGGUGCUUUGCAUGCAUGGGAUUUGAAGGGGAAUGGAGAAUGGAAACCUGCUGUGGUCGUGACUGGACAUUCUGCUCCUGUAUUAGACAUAAGUUGGGAACCUUUACAUGGGAGAUACUUGUUAACUACAGGAGAUGACCAAACCACAAGGGUUCUCUCACAGUGGGUUCGUGAGUGUGGUUUCAAAUCAUGGCAUGAGAUAGCAAGACCACAAAUUCACGGAUAUGAUAUCACGUGUUUAUCCAUGAUGCAUUCACUGAAAUUUGUGUCCGGCGCGGAUGAAAAAGUUUUGCGGGUUUUUGAAGCCCCGAAAAAUUAUUUGGAAAAUUUGAAAAGCCUUACAGGGUUUGAGUUGAUAAAAACUGAUAUGAAUCACCCUGAAGGGGCAACUGUUCCCGCUCUUGGUUUGUCCAAUAAAGCUGUUCUUGCUGGUAGUAAAUGUGAAAAGGAAAGCGACCGCAGUGAGCAGUAUAUUGAGAAUAUGUUUAUACCCGCUGUGUUGGAUCGACCACCACCUGAAACGCAUCUCUUGCAGAAUACACUGUGGCCUGAGGUGCGGAAGUUGUACGGACAUGUCUAUGAAAUAUUUUGUGUGGCUUGCAGUAAAGAUGGAAACUUGAUUGCAUCAGCUGCAAAGUCAUCCAAGCCCCAACAUGCAGGAAUAAUAAUAUGGGAUACAAAUAUAAUGCAACAGGUUGAUACAUUACAUGGGCAUACGUUAACUGUCACUCAAAUGGAGUUUUCACCCAAUGGAAAUUACCUUCUAUCUGUUUCAAGGGACCGGACGUGGAUUAUUCAUAAAAUCAACAAAGUCAACUCAACUUACGAGUUUUCAAUCCACAGUAAAAGCGAGAAAAAGGCCUCCCACUCACGGAUCAUAUGGUCGUGCUCAUGGGCUCAUGAUAGCAAGUUAUUUGUCACGGGAUCACGGGAUAAAAAACUCAUGAUAUGGGAGGUGAUUAAUGAUACAGUGAAUAGAUUAUGUGUUGAAGAUUGUGGACAACCAAUAACAGCCGUUGCUUUCAGUUCAAAGUUGGUUUCCAUGAACUACAUUAUAGCAUAUGGGCUGGAGAACGGUAGAAUUAAUAUUUCUUUGUUUUCAACAUCUGGUUCUUUGUUUCAAACAAUCUCAAUGUUUAAUCUCAACUUCUCCCAUUGUUUAGCAGUGAAACGACUUCAAUGGAAACCAAAUGUUGAGGAAAAUUCAAAUCUUGUUUUGGCUUCUUGUAGUUUAGAUAAUCAAGUUAAAAUGUUUGAAGUUUUAUUAGAAAGUUAAUUAAACUAAAUUGGAUGUAUAAAAAACUAUCUUUGGUGCUGUUUAGGCUAUAUGUCAUGUUAGUAGUUUUAAUUAAUGCAAUAUCACCUGUUUCAAUCAAUGAGGUUCCUAUGUUUUACAAUUGUGUAUAACUGUAUUUUAACAAUGUCACCUUAGAUUUUGUCUAAAAUUCAAAAACCGUUAUUAUUGCCAACGUUUUAAUCAUAUCCCAGUGUCUCAUUUCUGCCCUGCUUUUGAACCUUACAAUAUAAAUGAGGUCCCCAGUUUAAAACCCCCCUAAAAUAGCAAAAUAAUAACAUGUUCCCACUUACGUUUUGCUCCAG